GAAGACGAAGUCGACUCCGAGCUGUCCGACUUCAGGCGAGCUUUUUGAGACCUCCCUCGGCUGCGAUCGGCUAUUCUCGUCUACUUUCGAGGCGAGCCGCAACGCGUCUCAAACAAGCCUAUUCUCUUUAGACAUUUACAAAUCGCGUCAAGCUAAUUUGUCCUCUCACGCUUACCGUAGCUUCUCACUGAUUGGUCAAAGGGAAAAUAUGGCGCUGUCCUCGUAAUUGUUAAAACAUGAUGAAGAAAACAUGAUGAAGAAAGGAUUAAUGUAGUGUUUCACAGCAAGGAGCAGACUGUAGGACGUGUUUAUAUCUCACCAAGCCCUCAGCAUGCCUGCCUUCAGACAGGUGGGGGAGAAGCAGCUUCCCAACCCGGUGCUGUGCAUGGCCUGGUCCCCAAAGAGAGAUCUGAUCGCUCUGGCCAACACCACCGGAGAGUUGCUGCUGCACCGAUUGGCCAGUUUCCAGAGAGUUUGGAGUUUACCCCCCAGUGAGUUCACGGGGAAGGAGAUCACUGCGCUCGCCUGGAGGCCUGAUGGCAAGAUCCUGGCCUUCCACCUGAAAGACACCCAGCAGGUGGUCCUGUGCGGCGUGGAGAAGGCAGAGAUCCUCCACGUGUUCCCCAUGCAGAACUCUGUGACCUGCAUGCACUGGAUGGAGGUGACGGAGGAGAGCAGCGCCCUCAGCUCCUUCUACAACUCUGAGGAUGAAUCCAAGCUGUUUCUCCCCAAAUUACCGACACUCCCCAAGAGUUACAGCACCACCUCAAAGAUCUUCAGCGAGGAGAAGUCUGAUGAGAUAAUGAACCUCCUGGGAGAAGUCAGGCUGAACGUCCUCGUCCUCGGAGGAGACUCUGGCUUCGUGGAGCUGUUUGCGUACGGGAUGUACAAGAUCGCCACUCUGACCGGGGUGUCCGGAAGCUGCCGCAGCCUCAGUCUCUCUGGAGACCUGAAGUCUCUCUCCGUCAUCACAGAGGUCAAAUCUGCUGACAACCAGCUUCAGAUCUGCUACCUGCAGUUGGACACUUGCCUCCUCUCCUCCUGCCUCCCGGAGGUGACCCGGAUGUCUCGUAAGUUCACCCACAUCUCGACUCUCCUUCAGUACCUGCACCUGUCCCUCACCUGCAUGUGUGAGGCCUGGGAGGACAUCCUGCUGCAGAUGGACCUGCGGCUCACCAAGUUCGUCCAGGAGAAGAACACGAGCACUCAGGUUCAGGACGAGUUCCUGGAGCUGCUGCUGUGGGGACAGUCGAGCCCUGAGCUCCAGGCUCUGCUGAUGAACCAGCUGACGGUGAAGGGUCUGAAGAAGCUGGGUCAGUCCAUCGAGUCGUCGUACUCCAGCAUCCAGAAGCUGGUGAUCAGCCACCUGCAGAGUGGCUCUGAGGCUCUGCUGUACCACCUGAGUGAGGUGAGGGGCAUGUCUCUGUGGAAGCAGAAGUUCGAGCCCCUCGGUCUGGACGCUGCAGCGCUAGAAGGUGCGAUCACAGCUGUGGGCUCAUUUUCUCUCAAAGCAAACGAACUCCUGCAGGUGAUAGACAAGAGCAUGAAGAACUUUAAAGCCUUUUUCCGCUGGUUGUACGUAGCCAUGCUGAGGAUGUGUGAGGAGCACGUUCCUCCAGAGCUCAACAAGAUGACCCAGAAGGACAUUGCCUUCGUGGCUGACUUCCUGUCGGAGCACUUCAGUGAGAACGAAGAGCUGUUUGAUCGCAAAGGGAAAUACUUUAACGUGGAGCGAGUGGGCCAGUAUCUGAAGGACGAGGACGAGGAUCUGGUUUCCCCCCCCAACACCAAGGGGAACCAAUGGCUGAGGUUCCUGCAGGAGAGCGCCCACCUGAAGGAGAGCCCCCUGCUGUUCCCCUCGUUCCCUCAGAAGUCUCUUCACUUCGUUAAGAGGAUGAUGGAGGGCGUCAUCGAGCAGUGUCUCCAGAAACCUGCA